AUGUGGCUCUCGCAAAUCUUCCUCUGGACUCACAUCUCCUUGACCUUGUCCCCCCUCCUCCGCCCUCCUCCCCCCUCAUCCGCCCUCCUCCGCCAUCCUCCCCACUCAUCCGCCCUCCUCCGUCAUCCUCCCCCCUCAUCCGCCCUCCUCCGCCAUCCUCCCCCCUCAUCCCCCCUCUUCCGCCAUCUUCCGCCCUCGUUGACCUUGUCCGUCUCUGUCUGCGCUUGUCUGCCCUCCUCCCCUUCCCUUCCGCGCCUCUCCGCGACUGCCGCUUGCGCACAGAUCAGCGAGGUCACGACGGUGAAGAACGGGUCGCGCCGCACGCUGGACGGCGGCAGCGGCGCGCAGUACAUGCCGGACAUGGUGGCGUUCUAUUACGACAUCCCCGCGUUCAGCGCGCGCAUCGUCAGCAUCUGGGACGACUACCUCAUGCGCACCUCCGUCACGCCGGCAGCAUCUAGGACGACCAUCGCUAUGCGCGCGUCCGUCGCUAAGUUGGGAGGCGGCGAGAAGGCAGUGCCGUGGGUGGGCCUGGGGCGCGGUGAGGCACCUCAUGCGCCUCAACGUCCGUCGGUACGUUGGGAGGCGGUGGUCAAGCAGUGUCGUAUUAGCGCUGGGUGGCGCGGCGAGGAGGCAGCGCCAUGGGUGGGCAGGGUGAGCGCUGGUUGGGGCGGCGAGGAGGCAGCGCCAUGGGUGGGCAGGGUGAGCGCUGGUUGGGGCGGCGGGGAAGCGCUGGGCUGUUUCUGCCAGCGCUGUAGAUGCGUUGGGCAGGUGCGGAGGCGGUGCCGCAGCCAUGUCGCCUGCCUCGCGCGUACCUGCCUGCGCGCAUCGUGCAGUGCCGUGAUCGCAUCACGAGACAAGGGCAUGAUAGCGAAGCUAGCAACGGGAUUCACGCCCGGCCCCGACGACGCGAUCAUCGACGUAACGACCGUCAACCCGCAGUGGGGCGACAUCGUGGGCGAGUGGCACGCCGUGGUGCUCGAGACCACGUCGCACUGGCGCGUCGUGCCCGACGCGCCGCGCCUCAUCUUCACCAACGACGACUGGCAGACGCUCAACGGCGUCGACCCCUACAUGGCGCACGCGCGCGCGCUGAAAACGAUCGCCAACUUCUUCGAGGCGCGGAGGCAGGCGGGCAAGGCGUUCCCCGUGCCCUUCUUCAUGACCGCGCCGCCGCAGCACUCCGCCAAGAAGAUCGGCGGCAGCGGCGUGUGCGGGUCGCCGGGGCGCGUGCUGAACGACAAGGAGAUUGAGAAGAUGCUGCGAACCAACGUGCAGCUCUCGCGCUAUUGGCCCAUGCAGCGCGCCGCGUUCCCCGGGGGGUCGGCGGUGCGGCGGUUUGACAUCACGCUCGUGAGCGCGUACCGCCCCGAGGCGCACUGCGGGAUCUACUCGAAAAAGAACAACGUGCGCUCCUCUCCAUCCUCCUCCUCUCGCUCUUCUCGUUCCUCUCACCCGUAUCACUCCUCGCACUCAUGCAUAACGAGAUUCUCCAGUUUUGCCAUGCUUCCGCCCGUUGCGUCGCCCUCCGCUCGCGCGCUCAACGGGGAGCGUUUUCGCUGCGCCAAUAGCUGCGGUCUGUCGUUACUCGCAGCCGCACGACCUGCUUCGCUCGUGCCUGCGCGCGCCGCCCUUGUUUCUGCUGUGGUUCGCGCUUCCGCUCGCGUUCGCGCAACGGCCGGACAGGGCAGCGGACCCAAGGGGCGUUCGGAAGGGCGGAAAUUGUCGCAGGCGGCGGGGCGCUGGGCGGAAGGCUUCGAGGCGGAGGAGCGUCGCGGGGAGGGGGAGCGGUGGGGGGCGGAAACACAGUCGCAGCGACAGGGGGAGUGGCGCAUAGCUCAGGGAAGAAAGGCGGGAAGUAAGGGUUCGCGGCAGCGUGUUGCUGGGUACGCCGAUGACGUGGCAUCCGAGGAUAGGCUGCGGCAGGAGGCAGGCGGCGCCGUUGAUUGGCUGACGCGACCUUCCAAUGGCGACGCGGGAGCGCAGUCGGUGCGCAACGGGGAGUGGGACACGGGGAGGGGGCGGGAGAACGGGGCUGCGGAUUGGGGGAGCGGAUGGGAUGGGGACGGCGAGGAGCAGGGCGUGCGGGGUCAACACGGAGGCUGGGGGGAGGGGAGGGGCGGAGCAGAAGGGGGGAGGGCGGGGGGCGUGGAGGGGUGGAUGGGGGACGGCAAUGUAGAGCGCGUGAGACGAGUUGGAGCAGAGGGACGCUGUGGGGAUGCGGGUGAAGGGUGGGAGGCCAGGUGGAGAGCCGUGGAGUGCGAUGCGGUGACAUGCCACGCAUGCAACUGGCACUCUCAUGCAUGCUCUUGCACCCACGCAUUGCAUUGCAUCCCACGACGGCCCACCCAUGGCUUGCUUUGCCCUUCCUCACACUCGCUCCCACACGCGCUCCCUCCAUCACUCCCUCUCUCCCUCCGUCUCUCACUCCCACACUCUCUCGCUCAGGUUGUGGCCUGCAUGGGCUCCCCGCUAGACUGGCUGCAGCGCUUCGUGCUCUCCAUGGGCGGCGCAGUGCUGCUGUACAACGUGAACGUGUUCGCCACCAUCGCUGCCGCCAUGUACUUCCUCUGGUGGCCUCUCUGGCAUGCUGCUGCCUGCAACUCUGCCCUCCGGGUCCGAUAUAAGUAUGCAGGCGUGUGGCAGGCGCAGCUCCUGGACGUGCAGGUGGAGCAGAGGGGCCCGCUGGCCAGGUGGCGGUUGCUGAUUGGCGAUGACAGCGGCACAUGCAUAGAGAUGCUGGUGCCCAUCCCCUCCGUGCCUCCCCCGCUGCGCCCUAACGACCGAGUGGUGCUGCUGGUGCUCUCCGACAGCCCGUCGCUGCAGCGCUUCCGCGCCGUCAGGGAGGUGUGGCUGCCGCGCCUCAAGUGCUGGCUGGCGGAGGAAGGGGCGGAGCGCGUGGAGCGGCGCGUGCUGGAGGGCUUUUGA